GUUCUCUUUAGGCCUGAUCAUAGCCUAAUCAUCAGAAAACAAGGAUAACCACACCAGCUGAUCCAGUCCUCUGCUCUUUUAAAACUUUUGGAUGUCUGAAGACUAGACUGCAGUUUUAGCCUUGACUGAUUAACUCUGAGAAUCUCCUUCAGCAUUUCUAAUGGAGAGAUUCAAUUCUAACAAAGGGGGGCAUUUCAACUCUGCUUAUGAUUCCAACCUGGAUGAACCUCCCGUUUACGAGGAGACCAAGUUCUCUAAUGAUGACCAUCGGACAGUCCGACCCUCGGUGGUCAGCGCCUUUGGUCAUGACACUCUGGACCGAGUGCCCCACAUUGACUUCUACCGCAAUGCAGGCAGUGUGAGUGGUCAGAGAGCUGUGCGGCCCUCCCUGCAGGAGCUCCACGAUGUGUUUCAGAAGAAUGGAGCAAUCUCUAUCCCAGACUCUGUGGAGGACGAUGGGGAGAGGAGCAUCGGAACCCCCUCUGAUGAUAUGGAGUCUGCUGCUCCGAGUGACGACCAGAAAGGCUUAAUAAAGUUUGGCUGGAUAAGGGGAGUCCUGGUGAGAUGCAUGCUCAACAUCUGGGGCGUCAUGUUGUUCAUCCGUCUGUCUUGGGUUUUUGGCCAGGCAGGCUGGGGUCUGGGAACUGUGAUCAUUGCGCUCAGCUGUGUGGUCACCACCCUAACCGGCCUUUCCAUGUCUGCUAUUUGUACCAAUGGUGUGGUCAGAGGAGGUGGUGCCUACUACAUGAUAUCUCGCAGUUUGGGACCAGAGUUUGGUGGGUCGAUUGGUCUUAUUUUCGCCUUUGCCAAUGCAGUGGGUGUAUCCAUGUAUGUGGUGGGAUUUGCUGAGACAGUGGUCGACUUGCUCAAGGAGAACUCUGCUAUCAUGGUGGAUGAAAUAAACGACAUCAGGAUCAUUGGCUGUAUUACUGUGGUGCUGCUCUUGGGUAUAUCAGUUGCUGGAAUGGAAUGGGAGGCAAAGGCACAAAUUCUUCUACUCGUUAUCCUGCUGGUGGCCAUAGUGAAUGUGUUUGUAGGAACAGUCAUUCCAGCAACCAAAGAAAAGAAAUCCCAGGGCUUUUUCAAUUAUAACUCAAAAAUCUUCGCGGAGAAUUUUAUUCCAAAUUUUAGCGACGGUGAGACAUUUUUUUCCGUGUUUGCCAUCUUUUUCCCCGCGGCAACUGGGAUCCUGGCUGGAGCCAACAUCUCUGGAGACUUGCGGGAUGCCCAAGCUGCAAUACCCAAAGGUACCUUGUUAGCCAUUCUGAUCACUGGUCUCACCUAUCUGGCCAUGGCCUUUUGUGUCUCUGCUACUGUUGUCCGUGAAGCCACAGGAAACUCAUCUAGCCUCAUAAAUGACACCACACCGGUAAUAUGUAACGGGUCAACAGCGGUUGCUUGUGAACUCGGCUAUGAUUUUUCUUCCUGCGAAGUAAAGAAAUGCAACUUUGGCUUGAUGAACAACUUCCAGGUCAUGACCUUGGUAUCUGGGUUUGGUCCUCUUAUUAUUGCUGGAACAUUCUCAGCCACCCUUUCAUCAGCCCUGGCUUCUCUUGUCAGUGCACCUAAAGUCUUCCAGGCACUGUGUAAAGACAACAUCUAUAAGGCUCUGCACUUUUUUGCCAAAGGACACGGCAAAAACGACGAGCCCAUCCGUGGUUAUGUCCUCACAUUCUUGAUUUCUGUGGCUUUCAUUCUCAUUGGUGAUCUCAACACGAUCGCUCCGAUCAUCUCAAACUUCUUCCUGGCAUCUUAUGCCCUCAUCAAUUUCUCCUGCUUCCAUGCCUCUUAUGCCAAGUCUCCAGGCUGGAGACCAGCAUAUAAAUACUACAACAUGUGGCUCUCCCUGGUGGGAGCAGUGCUCUGCUGCGCUGUUAUGUUUGUUAUCAACUGGUGGGCUGCUCUGCUCACGUAUGGCAUUGAAUUCCUCCUCUACAUAUAUGUUCUGGUCAAGAAGCCAGCUGUGAACUGGGGUUCGUCCACGCAGGCGGUGACAUUUGUGAGUGCAGUCAGCAAUGCUCUCUCUCUGUCAGGUGUAGAGGAUCACGUAAAGAACUUCAGGCCUCAGAUAUUAGCUCUGACGGGUUCAGCACGAAGCAGGCCAGCUCUCCUCGACCUGGCACACUCCUUCUCUAAGAACUACGGACUGUGUCUCACCUGCGAAGUGUUUGUGGGCCCGAGGUCAGAGGCCCUUCAAGACGUCAAUGACGCAAUGGAGAAAAACCAGCUGUGGCUUAAGAAGACCAAACGCAGGGCAUUUUACGCUGCUGUGGCCUGUGACAACUUCAGGGAAGGAGCUGAGAGCCUGUUGCAGGCCUCUGGUCUUGGCCGUAUGAAGCCUAACACAUUAGUGAUCGGCUUCAAGAAAAACUGGAGGACUGCCGGCGCUGAAGCAGUUCAGAAUUAUGUGGGAGUACUUCACGAUGCAUUUGACUUUGAGUAUGGGACAGUGAUGCUGAGGAUGAACCAUGGACUGGAUGUGACUCACAUUGUCGAGGCAGAAGAGGAGAUGCUAAAGGCAGCAAAGGAGCAAGAGGCUCUGGAGAGUGAGAUGAUGCCAAAUGGAGGGAAAGCUAAAGGACUCUUCAGGAAGUCCAGGAAAUCAUCUCAGCAAGUGCUCACGACCAGAGUGUCAGUGUGUAGCCCUCCACCCCCACAGGUUGCCAAGAUGAAUGAGAAGCUGUUGGAAGCCAGUAUUCAGUUCAAGAAGAAACAGCCCAAAGGCACCAUAGAUGUGUGGUGGCUGUUUGAUGAUGGAGGUCUUACCCUGCUCCUCCCCUACAUCCUCACUACCAGGAAGAAGUGGAAAGACUGCAAACUGAGGAUCUUCACUGCGGGGCAGCCUGGACGCAGUGAUCUGGAUAAGGAAGAGAUGGUGGGCCUGCUGAAGAAAUUUAGAAUUAACUGCAGUAACAUCAAUAUUAUUGAUGACCUACAUAUCCAACCCAGAUCUGACAGCUUGAAGGACUUACACGAGAUGAUCGAGCCUUUCUGUCUGCACGAGGGGUCUAGAGACCCUGCUCAGGUUGGAGCCUUGCAGAAAGAGCACCCCUGGAAGAUCACCGACAAAGAGCUAAGCGAGUUUGAAGAGAAGACCCACCUCCAGGUACGACUGAAUGAGCUCCUUAAGGAAAACUCCAGAUCAGCCAAUUUAAUCAUUGUGAGCAUGCCCAUUGCUCGUAAGGAAACGAUCUCUGAUUUCCUCUACAUGGCCUGGCUGGACAUUCUGACAAAGGACCUUCCACCCACCCUGCUCAUUAGAGGCAACCACAAGAGUGUGCUCACUUUCUACUCUUGAGCACCUUGCAUGCUAAACAGCAGUGUACGAUGUAGCCAAAAAAAAAAAGCAAAGAAAUGGUAGUACCAAAAUGACAAACCAUUUAUAAAGUGUACAAGAAUAUUUAGUCUUCCAGGCCAACAGCAAAGUGUAACACAAUCAAGCAUUUGUGGGUAACUCCCAAUGAAAGCGCUGAUACUAUGAUUUUGAUGUAUAGUUCAGAUUAACACACAGAUACCUGGUUUUAUUUCUUGGUCUGGUACGAGCUGUUUCAUAAAGGCUUGUGACAAUUUGUGUGGUUUGUCAAGGCUGUGUGAAACUGCAGCCAGAAAGCUUGCUUUUCAGCAUGAUGAUACACUGUAUGGCUAGCGCAGAAACCACUGAAUCGUUCUGAUGCAUCCAAAGUCUAAUGCUUUCUAAGAAAAGACACACACAACAACAACAAUUCUGUAUUUCUGACACUGAAUUUGUAAAUGUGAAUGUGUCUAAAUUUGAAUUUCAGAGCUCAGAAGAACACAUCCCAGCAUAGAUCAGUUCAAUAAACAAAGGCAGAGGCAGAGAUGUAGGUGGUGAUUUAAGGCUGCUGCAAUGGUCAUACUGACUGACUGUAAAAUAACUGUAUAUAGUAGAUGUGUGUAUUCUAGAAGUGAUCAAUAUCUUGGUAUUGGCAACGUUACUAUCAUUUUUUUAAAACACUUGUCAUAGUCACUCUGUAAAAUACACUGCUGCCAUUACACAGAUGUUUACCUGUUCACAUGAUAUAUAUUGUUUGCAAUAUAUUUAAUGUUGCUUU